CCCACCUGUGCGGAACAUCCGUACGGAGCACGCCAAACACCCACGACAAACCCAGGUCCGCCUCGGGUCAAACCUCAAAAGAGCCCCAGAGCUCCAUCUCGGUCACUGAUAGCCUCUGCCAAAGCCAAGCUCGCGACAACCGCCCCAGACGAGAACGACACAGUCGACAACCUGGCGCUGUCUCAAUCUUUCGGCGAGGCCACCACAGCUGUGGCCAACAUGGCCCAGCCAACUGCCGAGCCGGUCGAGGACUACGACUAUGAAGCACUACCUCCCAACUUCUCCUUGGCGCAAAACAUGGCCGCAGGUGCCUUUGCCGGUAUUGCAGAACACACCGUCAUGUACCCAAUCGACGCGAUCAAGACGCGCAUGCAAAUUAUCAACUCGAGUACUGCAUAUAAGGGUAUGAUUGAGGGCACCAUGAAAAUCGCGUCGGGAGAGGGCUUUCUGAAGCUCUGGAGAGGCAUGUCCAGCGUGGUUGUAGGAGCAGGGCCUGCACAUGCUGUAUACUUCGCAACCUACGAAGCCGUCAAGCAUGCUAUGGGAGGCAACCAGAUCGGGGAGCACCACCCUCUUGCUGCUGCAACGAGUGGAGCUGCGGCAACAAUUGCCAGCGACGCCUUCAUGAACCCCUUCGAUGUCAUAAAGCAGCGCAUGCAGAUCCAAAACUCGAGCAAGAUGUACAAGUCCAUGUUCGACUGCGCACGAUAUGUCUACCGAAACGAGGGCUUGUCCGCCUUCUACGUCUCCUACCCAACCACUCUGUCCAUGACAGUGCCUUUCACAGCAUUGCAAUUCCUCGCAUACGAGUCGAUAUCAACAAGCAUGAACCCCGAAAAGAAGUACGACCCCAUGACCCAUUGCACGGCUGGUGCUGUCGCUGGUGGCUUCGCUGCCGCCCUCACCACGCCAAUGGAUGUCAUCAAGACCAUGUUGCAGACAAGAGGAACUGCCACAGACCCAGAACUGCGCAACGUCAACGGUUUCGCCGCAGGGUGCAGGUUAUUGUACCAGCGAGAAGGUAUGAGAGGCUUCUUCAAGGGUGUCAAGCCUAGGAUCGUCACCACCAUGCCCAGCACCGCCAUCUGCUGGUCAGCCUACGAGUUCUCCAAGGCAUACUUCAUCAAGCGAAACACGUCGUGAUAGAUGCUGGAAUCGGCAACCUUGCUCUUGCGGCCACGAGCACCAUCGCCGAUGUCGGGAUUUGCUGCAUGGCUGCUAUUUGCGAAUGUUCUUGCAUUGCGCCCAAGUCCGUGGCCGGGAGUCGACAAAAGUA